AGCCCGUUGCCCGUAUCACCUGUGUGGGCUCUUCUCGUCCAACCAGGCCAGGCCGUUUGAAAACUCGCCUGCUCAAGGGAAGAAGGCCGCGCUCGCACAACACAGGCCCGGCUAAAGAAACCCCAUUCAGGACACAGCGCCGGCCGCGUGCGCUUCUCCUCCUCCACUCGCGCCGCCGCCGAUCCUAAACCCCUCGCGCCGCCGCCGCUGAUCCAAUCCUCGGCCGCCGCCACCCCUUCGGCUCCUCCUCCUCCCAUGUCCCGCCGCCCCGCUCGCUCCCUUCUUUCCCUGCUCCGCCGCCGCGGCCUCCACGACUCCACAACCCACCGGUCCUUCGCCUCCGUCUCCGUCCCACCCGACGGGAUCCCCUCCACCUCCUCCCCGUGGCCGCCGUACUCUCCACCUCCUACUCCGCCGCCGCCCGAUCCCGCCGGGACGCGGUGGUCCGCGUCUUGGUCCCCCGCUUCACCGCCGCUCCCGCCCUGCACGGCCGCUCAGCUCCGCGCUGCCGUCUCCUCGAUCGCCGCUUCCCUCCUCGCACUCCCGGAGCCCGAUCCAAACCCGGCGCCCGACCUCCAAGCCCACUCCUUCCCGACCCUCCUCGCCGUCUCGCCGCUCGCCUCGCUUGAGCUUCUCUCGCUGCUCCGGCCCAGGCCGCGGCUCGGCCUCGCCGUGUUCUCAUUUCGCCGCGAGCUCUCCCCGGCCCCCACACUCGACGAGUUCGCCCUCGCUAUCUCGCUCGCGAGCCGCGCCAGGGACCCCGCCGCGGCUGCUGCGCUCUUUGCCGACGCCGCCACCGCCCACUCCCCCGAUCAGGCGCUCUACAACGCCCUCAUGGCGGCGUACAUGCACGGCGGCCUCCUGGACAGCUGCCUCGAGGCCUUCCAUGCGCUGGAACGCGACCCGCGGUGCGGGCCUAAUGUGGACUCGUACAACAUCCUCAUCUCCCUCUUCGGUCGCUCCCUCCUCGUUGACCACAUGGAGGCCACGCUCAGGUCGCUGGAUGCUUCUGGGCAUCCCCGCACGAUUGGUACGUAUAAUGCAAUCAUCGCCGGAUACCUCACUGCGUGGAUGUGGGACAAAAUGGAAGCAGUGUUCCAGGAAAUGUUGUCGGGUCAUAUUAUUCCAGAUACUACUACACAUCUGUUGAUGCUGAGAGGAUAUGCGCAUGCUGGGAUGAUAUACAAAAUGGAGCAAGCUUAUGAGCGUGCUUACAAGCAUGCUGGAAAGGUUGACAAUGUGCAUAUACGCGCAAUGCUUGGCGCAUACUGCAAGUUUGACCAUGUAGAUAGGAUUCAGAAGAUUGAGGAGUUGUUGCAGAGGUUAGGUCCUGAUGACUACAGGCCAUGGCUAUAUGUGUUGUUAAUUAGGGUGUAUGCUAAGGAGGGAUUGGUUGAAGGGAUGGAGCUGCGGAUCGCUGAAGCACUGGAACGCAAUGUCAUUGUCACCACAGUACAGGUGAUGCGGUCCAUCAUAUCAAGCUAUUUUCAGUGCGAUGCGGUCGACAAACUCGCACGUUUUGUCCGGCAGGCUGAGAGGCUGGGUGGAAGCUGUGUCGGAGUUUGUACCACUGCAAAAUGGUGAUGUAUGGGAAGCACCAGCGGCUGGAAGAGAUGCAUGGGGUUUUGGAUGAGAUGGAAUGUUUUAAAUUUGACAGGACAAAGAAGACAUUUUGGAUCAUGCACAAGGCAUAUGUUAGUUGUGGGCGAACGACUGAGGCAAAUACUAUA